CGCCGGCGUGACACAAUCGAUAACACGUCUGUGACCGUCACGCGACCCGUACUACUUACCUGCUUCGCGCUCCUUUUACCUUUCUUCUCUGAUGUCUGUAGUCAAAAAGUAUCGCUGCCGGUACUUCGAGGAGAACGGCACACCUAUUCCGCCCACCUGCAAUCAAGGCGAAGCCUGUCGAUUUGUGCAUCCCGAAGACCAGAACUGGCCAGGCCUCAAACCCUUUCAGGACACUCGUCUCAUAAACAAGCCCAGCUCAAAACGCAAAGAUACAUCACGCGCCAGUUUCUCGUCUUCUGACAACCGCGGUGCUGCCCUAGCCUCCCAAUCUGAGCUGUUUCGAUGCAAGGUAGAGGGCGAUGAAGUACCGUAUUCAGGGCACAGAUUCGGCAGCAGAGAUUGGGAUACGCGCUACGAACGCAACAGUGACAGUCACGAAAGGCGUAACGGCCAUCUCGGCCACCGCGAUCUAUUCAGCAACUCGGACCGCAGACGUAGAUCAUAUUCGAGAACCAGAAGCAGCAGUCCACGCCCUCGAAACACUGCAACGGGAUCGAUGGGAUCGAGAAAGUAUGGUUUAGACCUUCGCCGCUCCAGACAGGAAAUAAGUCGUGAACUGGCAUCUAACCAAAGCAGUUCGAGCUUUCUACGUCCGGCAUCAGUCGAGCCGCCAAUUUCCAAGGAAGAUGGGACAGAUUUUAGAGCACAUAGCACACGUGCGGAAAGACUGGUAGGGCUGUUCAAGAGUUUGGCAAGAUUGUCGAAUCAAGUCGUUCAAGACACCGCAGCAUGUGAAUUACAGGGCCAGAAGCUGAGAACAUACACCCAGAUCUCAUCUGAGUUGUCAAAAAUCUCUAUGUCUGCUGCUUCGUCGGUGACGGGAACUGUGGCAGAUAUCAUGAUCGAGCACGAACAAUGCAAAAAUCGGAUGGACGAGAGCUUUGAGGCCCUGGGAGGAGUAUGGGACCAAGUUUUUGACGUGUUUGUUGGUCAGGUGGUUCAAGCGAUCGAUACCAAGCUACAGAAUGCCGUGGGGGUCUUGGAACAACACAGGGAGAGCCAGUCAGAGGAGAUCAAAGAGACCGAGCGACUGCGGCUGGCAAGCCAGUCCCACAGCAGAGAUGACGCGAGUAUGGCGGAAAUUUUGACGCAAAUGAAGAUGAAGUUAGAUGAACAAGCGCACGCUCUCAAGAGACUGAAUAGAGAGAACCAAGAGCUGAAGAAUACAUUGAAGCACACACAUUAACGCUUGUUCUCGUCUGAACCAUCGGCAACCUCGAGAUUUGCACUGCGACCGUCAAAUUCGCUGCAGGCGAACGGCGAAUCGAUUUGGUGAUCUUGGAAUUAUUAGUCUUACACCAUGUGCAAUCGAAACCACAAGUCCAAUUGCAGGGACGGCGGUUCAAAACCAGAGCGUUCCGGGAAGAGAGACCAAGUGUGAUGCGAUCAAGCUGAAGGCACGUGCCG